AUGCUUCCAACAGCAAAGAAUUACUGCGUUUUUAUCUCAGCCGAGAAGAACAUCAAAGAAUUUGCUUCGUCUCCAAACUUCUCUCUACACCAAGCAUAUGACGAUGGGGAAUCCAUACAAAUGACUCAAAUCUACUAUUUCCGAGUCUUACGGGAAGGAUUGACAACGAAGUUGGCAGAUCUAUAUCCAUAUAUGCACGAUACCUUACUUAACGGCGUGGAGAACCAUCUUAGUCGAAAGAAAGAUUUCAUCAACUUCAUUCAAUACACUGUCCUUCUAACGCGUGGCAAACCGUACUGGACUGCGGAGAGAAUCAUCCUUCUAAUGGAGAGUCUUUGGCGAGCUGCUGGUCAUUCAGUUCCAAUGCAACAAGAGAUGAACUUCAGCGUUCUCGAGAGCUUGCCAUUACUGAAUAGCUUCAUGAAAGAAGUUAUCAGAACAAACCCAUUGGACAGUGCUUCAACUCGCCGCAAAGCUCUCAAGACACACACUUUCCAAGAUGGACCGCACGUCCCUGCCGGAAACCUGGUCUGUAUUCCAUCUUAUGGCAUCAUGAACGAUGCAAGCAUCUACCCAAACCCAAAGGUCUUUGACGGCUUCCGCUUUGCCCCCCAGUCAUGCUUCGAAGAACUGAAGAACACCAACGGGGAAGAAAAGGAGGCAAAAAAGAGCAAGGUCACGGAUGUGGAUCUCACUUUCCCAUUCUGGGGCUAUGGGAAAGAGGCAUGGUAA